AGGGAAUCCAGGUGUGGAAGGUGAAAUGCAGGCAACACUCCUGGAACGUGGAUUGUGUUGUGCACUAGGCUGAAAGCCUGUGCAGGGCACAGGCCCGGGAGGGCUAAAUGGGCCUGGUAGGGCACGUGCAUUGGGCACGGGCCUACCUCCGACACCAGGCCAGCUGCCCCCCGUCACGCGAAUCUUUCAUCCAUUCAAGCACCGCUCGCUCGAUUAAGCCGACCUCGACGCAAUGACAUCCCUAGCCAGCGGUCUCUUCGAUGACGCGCCUCGCGAAGUCAAGGAAUACAUUUCCAAAGGCCCCGAUGAGUUCCAGCGGUGGGUUCGAAGCAAACUGUUAGGAAGCCGCUCCCGCGCCCGCUCCCGCGACCGCGCCCGCGACACAAAGAUCCGCGAACUGGAGGAAGAAAACACAAGGCUCAAAAAGCAGGCUGAGGAGAAGGCCCAGCAGCAGGCUGAGAAGCAGGCUGAGAAGCAGGCUGAGAAGCAGGCUGAGAAGCAGGCUGAGGAGAUCAGACGGCAAGCCGAGGAGAACCAAAAUUUACGGGCCGAGCUUGAAAAACUGCGCCAAAGCAAGCAGAAAAAUACAACCGGGACCAGUGAGCAGGCUGAACAGCGUGCCGAGAACAUCAAGAAACAGCUGGCCGCACAGCACGCCAAAGAGAUCGAGAAUCUCCGGGCCGAACUAGCCAAGAAGAUAGAUGAAUUACAGGCCGAAAAGGAGCGGCUCAAACAGGGGGCUGGAAAGGCUAAGGGGCUGGCCGAACUUGAGCUUCGCCAAGAGAAUACGGCCGGGACAGAUGCAGCCUCUGGGGCACUCGCGUCGGCUGCGUCAUCGACGACGAGCAACGAGCAAGCAGACAGUAGCACCAGCCCCGCCAGCACUUCCAAUAGCUCCCUUAGCGAAAGCCAGUCUGAUACACCUCCGACAAAACCCCCACUUGAGGUCGACCCCGGCUUUGGACGAAAAACUUCUCGAGGUUUCCUCCCGAUCAAUUCACCGCUGGGCGGUGCUUGCGCCGCAUCAAGCAGCGGUCCCGGACUGCAGUUGUGCAGCAGUCCCGCACAAGAUGCAGCCGACGUUAAUAUGCCCGACGCUGCCGACGCCGCACCCCCAGGCAGCAAUCACGGAGCACAGUCGACGUCCAGCAGUUCCCUCAGCAGCCCCCCCGAUAGUCCCUUUCAAAAUACAGCCGACCCUCCCCUAAACGUCAAUGUGAAUCCUGUGGUCGACUCCGAAACUUCGAACCCGCAAAGGUCGUGUUCAGUUCUCAAGAAGCCCGAGUUUAGUGUGCCCCAUAAACACAGGCUUUUUGACCCGGUUAGGCAACACUGGGUCGACUGCUAUAACGGGGAGGCCACGUCUGCCGACACGCGAACAGCUAUAGCCGAGGGCCCUUUUGCCGCGGAUCCCCCACCAGGAUCCGCCGGCCAGCACGGAGAUAAAGCCGUGGUCGAAGGCGUUCCAAGCAACGGCUCUGACAAGGGCAGGGGUAAACAUCCUUGACAUGGGCUUAUUGGACGCCUCUUUCGAAUCGACGUGGCCUAAGCAGGGGGGUAGGUUUCCGUCCUCUCGUCUGCGGGGUGGGGCGGCGGGUCGGCCAGAACGCUUUUGGGGGCGUAACGGUUACUUCGUUCUUCUUCCGGUGUGUAACACCCCACGGGUCAACGCCUCCCAAACAGGAGCUAAAAGGCUGGGAAGCCAUCCGGAAAAGGAUGACAGCGUGGCAACCAGAAGCCUCGACAGGAUUACAGCGUGGCAACCAGAGGCUUCGAGAGGAUUGUAGCGUGGCGACAGGAUGCCUCUACGGCAUCAUGUAUAAGUAGAGCUUGCAAGAUCCCCUGUCAAGGGAACUGGAGGGCAAGCAACCGUUUUUUGUUGGUCUUUGGUGAGAUUCGGAAUUGAUCACUGAAUGCACUACACCCUUGCAUCUCCUCCAAGAUAGCUGAGUGACCUGAACCUCUGAGAUCUCCCCUGGAGAACCCCCUCCCCAGUGCACAGCACGUUACACGGUGGCCAGUGGAGUUUGCGAUUGAGUGAUUUGCGAGGCGAGGCGAAUGUA